AAAUGUUAUUCUACUAAAACUACAACGUUUAUCGAAUCUAAUUAUAUCCAGUCAGGAAGUUUAAAGCAAGAACCACAGCUCUCUUCAGCAACAAGUUCAAUUCUUCAAUAAUUCAAACAUAAAAUUUGAAGAAAAUGCCACCCAAGAUGACCGGCAAAGCGCUAAAAAAGUCCGGCAAGGCACAAAAGAACAUAUCGAAAACGGACAAGAAAAAGAGAAGGAAUAAAAGGAAGGAGAGCUACGCUAUCUACAUCUACAAAGUGCUGAAGCAAGUCCACCCAGAUACCGGCAUUUCAAGUAAAGCGAUGUCAAUAAUGAAUUCAUUCGUGAACGACAUUUUCGAACGCAUCGCGGCGGAAGCAUCUCGUCUGUCGCAGUACAACAAGCGGUCUACCAUCACGUCCAGGGAGGUGCAGACGGCAGUAAGACUCCUUCUACCUGGUGAGCUGGCCAAGCAUGCUGUUAGUGAGGGGACCAAAGCGGUUACAAAGUACACCAGCUCUAAGUAAGGUAGAAAGGUACUAAAGGUACCUGUUAGUUGGACAGAGGGCGAUGUGUCCAAGUGUUCGCUGACUCAUCGUGCCUACGUUUUAUACGGCGUAGGAAAUAAUAAGCCGGCAAUGUGCACCAGCACAUUAGGGUACUAACCCUAUUUUAAUAUGAACAUGCGUAUUACGUCUAUAAUUAAUAAAUAAUUAUGUUAUUGUACUAAAAUGUAUGUUAUUGUAUGGGAAAUAUAUGAUUUUUGACUACUGA